GUGAGGAUAAACUUUGAUAUAUAUUGUACAUGUGAAACAGUAACUGAUUAAAUAAUAAUGGCGGACACAGAGAGCCAGCAAUCAAAGAUCAACAUCGUAUGUAUGGAUGGCAGUGGGGAAGCAGAGAACGCCUUCAAAUGGUACAUCAAGAAUGUCCACAACAACAACAGUUACGUCAUCAUCGUCCACUGUGUGGACCACCGGAAGCUCAACACCUUCGGAUCCAUCUGGGAGCCAUCAGAUCACGGACUGAUAAUGCUGGCCUAUAAGGAGGAGGAGAAGCGCGCGGAUAAAAAAGUGGAACAGCUACAGCAAACUCUUAAUGCUUCUGGGGUGAAAGGAGAAGUUGUGAAAUCGUCCGGAGAACCAGGGCCUACGGUAAUUGGCAUUGCAAAGGACCGGAAGGCGAACAUGAUAUUAACCGGAUGUAGAGGUCUUGGCACGAUUAGACGGACAUUUCUGGGAAGUGUAAGCGACUAUAUCAUGCAUCAUUCCGAGGUCCCCGUGUUGAUUUGUCGGCAUUAGAUCCAUCGUUGCAACUCCCUGUAGACGACAUCUGUUGAUGUGAACAAAAAUGUUCAUUUUCCUUUACUGCAAAAUGUUCGUUUCCCCCCAAACUACCUUAGAGGUCUAGUCCCGUCCAGAUGUUUGAAUACUUUCUCGAUCGUCCAGAGAUACUUAUCCCGCCAGCUAUACCAACACAGAUCCCGUGGGUACUGACGAUGUGGCUCGAGGAGCGAACAUUUUAUAAUUGCAUGUGAUAUACAUUAGAACUUUGGAUAUAUCAGGAUUACCUAGUCUAUCUGUCUGUCCCAAUACCUUGUGACGUCAUAGUCCAUCUGUCUGUCCCAAUACCUUGUGAUGUCAUAGUCCAUCUGUCUGUCCCAAUACCUUGUGACGUCAUAGUCCAUCUGUCUGUCCCAAUACCUUGUGACGUCAUAGUCCAUCUGUCUGUCCCAAUACCUUGUGAUGUCAUAGUCCAUCUGUCUGUCCCAAUACCUUGUGAUGUCAUAGUCCAUCUGUCUGUCCCAAUACCUUGUGAUGUCAUAGUCCAUCUGUCUGUUCCAAUACCUUGGGAUGUCAUAGUCCAUCUGUCUGUCCAAAUGCUCUUGUGAUGUCAUAGUCCAUCUGUCUGUCCCAAUACCUUGUGAUGUCAUGCUGGUCUCUGCUAUUAGAAUUAAAGCAGCGGCGUAAUUUAUUUUAGCACUACAUUUA